UAACGCGUCAUUUCCAGAGCGACGGAAAGGAUAUUUCAGUCAAUUCAUGUCAAACUCCAAUAUCUUCCGUCAUCAACUCAAAUCGAAUACUCUCAUCUCUGUGUCUAACCCUUCUUAGUUCUUAGUUACUUCCUCAGAUCAGAUCCCGUAACUGAACUCAGUGACUCGCUCCCUCCGUUUUGUCUCCCCACUCACUGAGUCAACUCGUCGCCAUUGACGAACCACCUUGCGAGCUCAACUACCGCAAUUCCUCAGCUCAUGGGAGCAAGAUCCUAAGGAACCGUACACCUUCCCGAGUCGCCGCCGAACCAACUCGCCGCCGAGUCGCGAACUCGUUCGUUCUCACCAAAACUCGGGAAUGGCUUCUUCGGAAGCCGAUUCCCGGCUGGUCCAGGUCAUCAUCCCGGCGCUCGAGAAGAUCAUCAAGAACGCAUCGUGGCGGAAGCACGCCAAGCUCGCUCACGAGUGCAAGUCCGUCAUCGAAACCCUAACAUCACCGCAAUCACAGCAGCAGCAGAGCAAUCCUCAGUCACCGGGGUCCGAAGACGGCGCCGCCGAUCCCGAAGCCUCAGUCCCCGGUCCGCUCAACGGCGGCGGCGCCAUCGAGUACUCCCUCGCGGAGUCCGAAUCAAUCCUCCGGCCUCUCAUCAACGCCGCCAACUCCGGCGUCCUGAAGAUAGCUGAGCCCGCCGUUGAUGCUCUUCAGAAGCUCAUCGCCCAUGGUUACCUCCGUGGCGAGGCUGACCCCGCCGGUGGCUGCCCUGAGGCGAAGCUUCUCGCGAAUCUUAUCGAAUCCGUCUGCAAGUGCCACGAUCUCGGCGAUGAUGCCGUCGAAUUGCUGGUUCUGAAGUCUCUUUUAUCUGCAGUAACCUCAAUUUCACUGAGAAUCCACGGUGAUUGCUUGCUUUUGAUUGUGAGAACUUGUUAUGAUAUAUACCUUGGUAGCAAGAAUGUGGUGAAUCAAACAACGGCGAAGGCUUCGUUGAUUCAGAUGCUUGUGAUUGUUUUUAGGAGAAUGGAGGCGGAUUCCUCCACAGUUCCGGUUCAGCCGAUUGUUGUGGCUGAACUGAUGGCGCCCGUGGAGAAAUCUGAUGCAGAUAACUCGAUUACACAGUCUGUGCAGGGUUUUAUAACGAAGGUUAUGCAGGACAUUGAUGGGGUUUUGAACCCUGCUACGCCGAGUAGCAGGGUUUCCGCAUUGGGAGGCCACGAUGGUGCAUUUGAGACCACUACCACUGCCACUGUGGAGACCACGAAUCCGGCGGAUUUGUUGGAUUCCAGUGACAAGGACAUGCUGGAUGCGAAGUAUUGGGAGAUCAGUAUGUACAAGACUGCAUUGGAAGGGAGGAAAGGGGAGCUUGUGGAUGGCGAGGUGGUGGAGAGGGAUGAUGAUAUGGAGAUCCAGAUUGGGAAUAAGCUGAGGAGGGAUGCAUUUUUGGUGUUCAGGGCACUUUGUAAGUUAUCUAUGAAGACACCCCCAAAGGAGGCGUCCGCAGAUCCGCAGCUGAUGAAGGGGAAGAUUGUGGCCCUAGAGCUGUUGAAGAUCUUGCUGGAGAAUGCUGGAGCUGUCUUCAGGACUAGCGACAGGUUUUUGGAUGCCAUUAAGCAGUACUUAUGCUUAUCAUUGUUGAAGAACAGUGCAUCAAAUCUUAUGAUUGUUUUUCAACUAUCAUGCUCCAUAUUCAUCAGUCUGGUUGCUAGAUUUAGAGCUGGAUUGAAGGCAGAAAUUGGUGUUUUUUUCCCUAUGAUUGUCCUCAGAGUUCUAGAAAAUGUUGCUCAACCUAAUUUUCAGCAAAAAAUGAUAGUCCUCCGUUUUCUGGAGAAGCUUUGUGAUGAUUCACAGAUAUUGGUGGACAUUUUUAUCAACUAUGACUGCGAUGUCAAUUCGUCAAACAUAUUUGAGAGGACGGUCAAUGGACUUCUUAAAACUGCCCAAGGAAUCCCUCCUGGUGUAACCACCACGGUUUUGCCACCUCAAGAGGAAACAUUAAAGCUUGAAGCAUUGAAAUGCUUGGUUGCUGUAUUAAAAUCUAUGGGAGAUUGGAUGAACAAACAGUUGCGCAUUCCAGAACCUCUUUCAUCAAAGAAAGUGGAAGCAGUUGAUAAUGGGCAUGAGGCUGGAGGUCAUCCUAUGGUAAAUGGGAAUGGAGAAGAGUCAGCUGAAGGAUCAGAAACUCAUUCUGAGAUCUCCAAUGAUGCAUCUGAUGUUUCCACCAUUGAGCAACGCCGGGCAUAUAAAUUGGAACUCCAGGAAGGUAUAUCAUUGUUUAAUAGGAAGCCUAAGAAAGGAAUUGAAUUCCUCAUCAAUGCCAACAAAGUGGGUAACUCUCCGGAAGAUAUAGCUGCUUUUCUUAAAGAUGCUUCUGGGUUGAACAAGACUCUGAUUGGUGAUUAUCUGGGAGAAAGGGAUGAAAUGUCCUUGAAAGUAAUGCAUGCCUAUGUGGAUUCUUUUGACUUUCAAGGGAUGCAAUUUGAUGAGGCAAUCAGGGUUCUCCUUCAGGGAUUUAGACUGCCUGGUGAGGCCCAAAAAAUUGAUCGAAUCAUGGAGAAGUUUGCCGAACGUUAUUGCAAAUGUAAUCCAAAAGUUUUUUCCAGUGCUGAUACAGCUUAUGUCCUUGCUUAUUCUGUGAUCAUGCUCAAUACUGAUGCUCACAAUCCAAUGGUGAAGAACAAGAUGUCUGCUGAUGAUUUCAUUAAAAACAAUCGUGGAAUAGAUGAUGGAAAAGAUGUGCCAGAGGAAUACUUGAGGUCCUUGUACGAGAGAAUAUCUAAAAAUGAGAUCAAAAUGAAAGAUGUUGAUUUGGAAACCCAACAAAGACAAGCUGUGAAUCCUAAUAGACUGUUGGGUUUGGAUAGUAUUUUGAACAUUGUGAUCCGUAAGCGUGGGGAAGACAGUACUAUGGGGACUAGUGAUGAUUUAAUCCGACGUAUGCAAGAACAAUUCAAAGAAAAAGCUCGCAAGACAGAGUCAGUCUAUUAUGCUGCCACGGAUGUUGUAAUUCUUAGAUUCAUGAUUGAAGCCUGCUGGGCUCCGAUGUUAGCUGCCUUCAGUGUUCCUCUUGAUCAAAGUGAUGAUGAAGUUGUAAUAUCUCUCUGUCUUGAAGGCUUCCGCUAUGCUAUUCAUGUUACUUCUGUAAUGUCCAUGAAGACUCAUAGAGAUGCUUUUGUAACCUCAUUGGCAAAGUUUACUUCCCUGCAUUCUCCUGCUGAUAUUAAGCAGAAAAAUGUAGACGCGAUCAAGGUCAUAGUUACUAUUGCUGACGAGGAUGGGAAUUACUUACAAGAAGCAUGGGAGCAUAUUUUGACCUGUGUUUCCCGAUUUGAGCAUCUACAUCUUCUUGGAGAGGGCGCUCCUCCAGAUGCGACAUUCUUUGCUUUUCCUCAGAAUGAUUCUGAAAAAACAAAGCAAGCAAAAUCAACUAUUCUUCCUGUCUUGAAGAAGAAGGGGCCUGGGAGAAUGCAGUAUGCAGCUUCCACGGUAAUGAGGGGUUCAUAUGAUAGUUCUGGAAUUGGCAGUAAUGCUUCUGGAGCUGUCACGUCGGAACAGGUGAACAGUCUAGUUUCUAAUUUGAAUAUGUUGGAACAAGUUGGAAGCUCGGAAAUGAACCGCAUAUUUACUCGGAGUCAGAAGUUGAACAGUGAGGCCAUAAUAGAUUUUGUUAAGGCUCUAUGCAAGGUCUCCAUGGAGGAAUUGAGAUCUCCCACUGAUCCACGGGUGUUCAGUCUUACAAAAAUAGUUGAGAUUGCGCAUUAUAAUAUGAACCGCAUCAGGCUUGUGUGGUCAAGUAUUUGGCAUGUUCUCUCGGAUUUCUUUGUAACCAUUGGCUGUUCCGGAAACCUUUCAAUUGCAAUUUUUGCAAUGGAUUCCUUGCGUCAGUUGUCAAUGAAAUUUCUAGAGCGGGAAGAGUUGGCUAAUUAUAAUUUUCAGAAUGAAUUUAUGAAGCCUUUUGUCAUUGUUAUGCGACGGAGUAGUGCUGUUGAAAUUAGAGAACUUAUCAUCAGAUGCGUCUCUCAAAUGGUUCUAUCUCGUGUGAACAAUGUCAAAUCAGGAUGGAAGAGCAUGUUCAUGGUAUUCACAACAGCGGCAUAUGAUGACCACAGAAAUAUUGUACUCUUGGCUUUUGAAAUUAUUGAGAAGAUUAUUCGUGAUUACUUCCCCUACAUCACCGAGACAGAAACCACCACCUUUACAGAUUGUGUGAAUUGUCUGAUUGCAUUCACCAAUAGUAGAUUUAACAAAGAGAUUAGCCUAAAUGCCAUUGCUUUUCUUCGAGUCUGUGCAACUAAACUAGCAGAAGGAGACCUUGGUUUUUCAUCAAGGAAUAAGGACAAGGAAACUUCUGGAAAGAUUUUGUCACCAUCACCUCGAACAGGAAAAGAGGGAAAACUUGAAAAUGGAGAUUUAACAGACAAGGAAGAUCAUCUCUAUUUCUGGUUUCCUUUAUUGGCCGGUUUGUCUGAGCUUAGCUUUGAUCCAAGGCCCGAGAUUAGGCAGAGUGCCUUGCAAGUCCUAUUUGAAACCUUACGCAAUCAUGGCCACCUCUUUUCAUUACCUUUAUGGGAAAGAGUAUUUGAAUCAGUCCUAUUCCCAAUAUUUGAUUAUGUACGUCAUGCUAUUGAUCCUGCAGGAAGUAGCUCACAGAUCAAUGAAUUGGAGAUUGACGGUGAGCUUGAUCAAGAUGCAUGGCUUUAUGAAACAUGCACACUAGCCCUCCAAUUGGUGGUAGAUCUUUUUGUCAACUUCUACAGCACUGUCAAUCCUCUUUUAAGAAAGGUGCUGAUACUCCUUGUUAGCUUUAUAAAGCGCCCACAUCAAAGCCUUGCUGGCAUUGGUAUUGCUGCAUUUGUUCGUUUGAUGAGUAAUGCUGGAGAGCUAUUUUCAGAUGAGAAGUGGUUAGAAGUGGUUUUGUCACUAAAAGAGGCUGCAAAUGCAACACUACCUAACUUUUCAUUCCUUGACAGUGGAGACUCCGUGAUUAUAAAUGAUCAGCGUGCUUCAACAGCUGAAGAAGAUAAUGAUCCUGCUGAUGAGUCUAGCUCACCCAAUAAUUUAGAAAGCUUUAGAACUCGUCGUCUUCAUGCAUAUUUAUCUGAUGCAAAAUGCCGAGCUGCUGUUCAGCUUUUAUUGAUUCAGGCGGUGAUGGAGAUAUACAACAUGUACCGUCCUCAACUUUCAGCAAAAUCAAUUCUUGUCCUGUUUGAUGCUUUGCAUGAUGUGGCAUCACAUGCACACAAGAUUAACAGCAAUAUUAUUUUGCGCUCAAAGUUGCAAGAGUUUGGUUCAAUGACCCAAAUGCAAGACCCUCCGCUGUUACGCCUUGAGAAUGAGUCCUACCAAAUAUGCCUCACAUUUUUACAGAACCUUCUUGUUGACAGGCCUAAUGAGGCCGCUGAGGUGGAGACUCAUUUGGUCCGGCUUUGUCAGGAGGUCUUGGAGUUCUACAUUGAAGUUGCAGGUUCUGGACAAGUAUCUGAAUCUUCUCGUGGUGCACAACAACAUUGGUUAAUUCCUUUAGGCUCUGGUAAGCGAAGAGAACUAGCUACACGCGCACCUCUCAUUGUGGCUGCUAUCCAGGCUAUUUGUAAUUUGGGAGAUGUGUGCUUUGAGAAGAAUCUGGCUCAGUUUUUUCCCCUUUUCUCAAGCUUGAUAAGUUGCGAACAUGGGUCAACUGAGGUCCAGGUAGCACUCAGCGACAUGCUUAGUUUAUCAGUUGGCCCUGUUUUGCUACGGUCAUGUUGAUUGCUUGGGUAAGAUUUACCCUGCAUUGAGAUGUAGGAUAUUUUUGUCUAAAUCUGUCCAUAUUUUUCUUCUCUUAUUUUCCGUGGAUUACAUAACAGAAAUAUAGUUUUAUAGUGUAUGAAUAGUGUAUGAAAGUUAGCAGUGAGUGUGUUUAGAUAAUAUAUCUUCCACCAAGUUCUGUAUUUUUAUUCUUGGGCAGCAAGUUCUGUAUUUUAGAGGCCUAGCUUUUCCAGUCAGAAGCAGGUUUAAUGUUGUAUGCUUAUUGCUUACUUUUCCCGGAAUUUCCCCAAUUUUUUUUAAGAAUGAGUUUUCCUUUUCCUGUAAAAUUUAGUUUGUAACCUUAUAAUCUAUUUUAAAUGGUAUUGAUGUUUUAUUGUUUUUAUUAAGGA